AAACAGAGUCUCGUCCUGACUUCAGCUCUGAACUCAAACCCAUCACACCUGAGAGAACUGAACCUGAGAGAGAAUAAACUACUAGGAGACUCUGGAGUGAAGAGCCUCAGUGAUCUACUGAUGAACACACAAUGCAAGCUGGAGAAACUAGAUCUUUGUGAUUGCAGGUUUACAGAGAAACAGAGUCUCGUCCUGACUUCAGCUCUGAACUCAAACCCAUCACACCUGAGAGAACUGAACCUGAGAGAGAAUAAACUACUAGGAGACUCUGGAGUGAAGAGCCUCAGUGAUCUACUGAUGAACACACAAUGCAAGCUGGAGAAACUAGAUCUUUGUGAUUGCAGGUUUACAGAGAAACAGAGUCUCGUCCUGACUUCAGCUCUGAACUCAAACCCAUCACACCUGAGAGAGCUGAAUCUGAGAGGGAAUAAACUAGGAGACUCUGGAGUCAAGAACCUCAGUGAUCUACUGAUGAACACACAAUGCAAGCUGGAGAAACUAGAUCUGUGUGGAUGCAGUAUUACAGAGAAACAGAGUCUCGUCCUGACUUCAGCUCUGAACUCAAACCCAUCACACCUGAGAGAACUGAACCUGAGAGAGAAUAAACUACUAGGAGACUCUGGAGUGAAGAGCCUCAGUGAUCUACUGAUGAACACACAAUGCAAGCUGGAGAAACUAGAUCUUUGUGAUUGCAGGUUUACAGAGAAACAGAGUCUCGUCCUGACUUCAGCUCUGAACUCAAACCCAUCACACCUGAGAGAACUGAACCUGAGAGAGAAUAAACUACUAGGAGACUCUGGAGUGAAGAGCCUCAGUGAUCUACUGAUGAACACACAAUGCAAGCUGGAGAAACUAGACUGA